GGAGCCGAAGCCGGAGCUGGAGGAAGAUGGAGGGGAGCGGAGCAAGGCCGGGCGGGGCGGCCUAUGAACGCCUCACUGCAGAGGAGAUGGAUGAACAGAGGCGGCAGAAUGUUGCCUAUCAAUAUCUCUGCCGCUUAGAGGAGGCCAAACGUUGGAUGGAAGCCUGCCUUAAGGAAGAGCUGCCUUCUCCAGUGGAGUUGGAGGAGAGCCUUCGAAAUGGGGUUAUUUUGGCCAAAUUAGGACACUAUUUUGCCCCUGACAUGGUUCCCUUCAAAAAGAUCUAUGACUUGGAGCAAAUGCGGUAUAAGGCAACUGGCCUACAUUUCCGUCACACUGAUAACAUCAACUUCUGGCUGACUGCAGUGUCUCACAUUGGCCUACCUAAGACCUUUCUUCCUGAGACUACAGACAUUUAUGACAAGAAGAACAUGCCACGCGUGGUCUACUGCAUCCAUGCCCUGAGUCUCUUCCUCUUCCGGUUGGGAUUGGCACCUCAGAUCCAUGACCUGUAUGGUAAAGUAAAAUUUACAGAGGAGGAGAUCAAUAACAUGACCUCAGAGCUGGCUAAGUAUGGGCUGCAGCUGCCGGCAUUCAGCAAGAUCGGGGGCAUCCUGGCUAGUGAGCUCUCUGUGGAUGAGGCUUCUGUUCAUGCUGCUGUUCUUGCCAUCAAUGAAGCAGUGGAAAGGGGGGUGGUGGAAGACACUUUGGCCACACUGAAAAACCCCAAUGCCAUGUUGGGGAAUCUCCGGGAGCCCUUGGCUGCUGUUUACCAGGAGCUGCUAGCCCAAGUGAAGAUGGAAAAAAUGGCCAACUCCAAGAACAGGUACCUCCAGGAUGAUGGAGAGAGCCAUGACAUCUACGACCAGUACCUGACUCAGGCAGAGAUACAGGGCAAUAUCAACCAAGUCAAUGUUCACGGAGCUCUGGAGGCCAUUGACGAAUCUCUGGAAAGACAGAAUUCUGGGGCCUUGCUCGAGGCUCUCUAUGACUCAGCUUUGGCCCUUCGAGGAGUGAGGAGGGAUUUUGGUGACUGGUACCUGGAGCAACUGAGUUUAGAUAGAGAACAGAAAGCACUGGAGCUGGGCUUGGUAGAGCUCCUGGAGAAGGAGGAGGUCCAGGCUGGUGUGGCUGCAGCCAAUGCUAAAGGCGAUCAGGAACUUGCUAUGCUCCAGGCCGUGCGACGGAUUAAUCGAGCCAUCCAGAGAGGGCUGGCAGCAGAUACAGUGAGGGAGCUCAUGUGCCCUGAAGCCCAGCUACCUGAGGUGUAUCCCUUUGCUGAAUCCAUGUACCAGCAGGAACUAAGUUUGAUUCAGCGGCAACAGGAAGGGGAACUGGCUCAGGAGGAACUCUUUGUGGCUUUGGAGAUGCUUUCUGCUGUUGCCCAAAUUAAUCGGUACCUGGAGGCAGGGGAUGCUGGGGGCUUCUGGAACAGUCUGGGGAGCCCAGCUUUGGGCCUGGCUGAAGUGGAUGGAGAGAAUGCCCAACGUUAUUUUGAUGCCCUGGGAAGGCUAUGGCAGGAACGGAAUGGGGCCGGGGCCUUCCUUAGCUGGAAUGACUUGCAGGCCACUGUGAGCCAAGUCAACGGUCAAGUCCAGGAGGAGACAGAUCAGAUCCUCGCAGUCAGUCUCAUCAAUGAGGCCCUGGAUCAGGGCAAACCAGAGAAGACCUUAACUGCCCUUCUGUUGCCCUCUGCCGGCCUCGAUAAUGUCACUCUCCCUGUUGGCCCUCUGUAUCACCAUAUCCUGACCUCUGCCAAGAAAAAGAAGUCCCAGGUAACAAAGGACCCCGGAGCUGCGCUGUGGUUGGAGGAGAUCCGCCAGGGAGUGGCCAAAGCUAAUCAGGAGACAGAGGCAGCUCAGAAGAUGGCCCUUGGAGUGGCUGCCAUCAACCAAGCCAUCAAGGAGGGGAAGUCAGCCCAGACAGAACGGGUAUUACGUAAUCCAGCUGUGACCCUCUGUGGGGUGGUCACAGAAUGUGCCAGUGGCUACCAGAAGGCAUUGCAGGAUAUCAUGGAAAGGAAGAAACAACCAGGAAACAAGUUCUUCUGGGUCCAGCAUCAGAUGAAGGAUGGAAUUGCCUACUACUUCCACCUACAGACUUUCCAGGGCACCUGGGAACGCCCUCCUGAUUGUACCCUAAAUACUUCCCACCUCACUCGUGAAGAGAUCCAGGCAGCAAUCACAACAGUUACUGCUGCCCAUGACCGACACCAGCUUUGGAGUGCCAAUGUUGGCUUUAUCAUCCAGCUCCAGGCCCGGAUGCGGGGCUUCCUUGUUCGUCAGGAGUUUGCCAAGCAUUCCCACUUCCUAAAGACCUUGGUCCCAGCCGUUAUCAAAAUCCAGGCUCAUUGGAGAGGUUACCAGCAGAGGAAGAUCUACCAAGAACGGAUGAGGUUCUUAAAGGCAAAUGUGGCCUCUGUGAUGAAGAUCCAGGCCUGUGCCCGGAUGUGGGUGGCUCGGAAGAGAUAUCGGGAAAGACUACAUUUUUUUCAGGACAAUAUCAAUUCAGUCGUGAAGAUCCAGGCAUUUUUCCGAGCCAGGAGAGCCCGGGGUGACUAUAGGAUGCUGGUCCAUGAUCGUCACCCCCCUCUCAGUGUGGUGUGUCGAUUCGCCCACCUCCUGGACCAGAGGCAACAGGAUUUCUGGGAAGAGGCUGAGCUGCUGAAACUUCAGGAGGAGGUAGUCAGGAAAAUUCGAUCCAAUCAGCAACUGGAGCAGGACCUCAACCUGAUGGACAUCAAGAUUGGCCUGCUGGUGAAGAACAGAAUCACGCUGCAGGAGGUUGUUUCACAUAGCAAGAAGCUGACCAAGAAGAACAAGGAGCAUCUGUCAGACAUGAUGGUGCCAGACAGGCGGAAAGGACUGAAGUCACUGAGCAAAGAGAAACGGCAGAAAUUAGAGGCCUACCAACACCUCUUCUACCUGCUCCAGACCCAGCCAAUCUACCUGGCCAAGCUGAUUUUCCAGAUGCCCCAGAACAAGACCACAAAAUUUAUGGAGUCGGUCAUUUUCACCCUGUACAACUAUGCCUCUAAUCGCCGAGAAGCUUACCUCCUUCUCCAGCUCUUUAAGACCGCCCUCCAGGAGGAAAUCAAAUCCAAGGUUGAACAGCCCCAGGAUAUGGCCAUGGGCAACCCGACAGUAGUCAAGCUGGUGGUUAGCUUCUACCGUAAUGGCCGGGGACAGAGUGCACUGCGGGAGAUCCUGGGCGGGGUGAUCCAGAAUGUCCUUGAAGACAGGACACUCAGCGUCCACACUGACCCCAUUCACCUGUAUAAGACCUGGAUCAACCAGAUGGAAGCCCAGACUGGGCAGCGGAGCCACCUCCCCUAUGAUGUUACCCCUGAGCAGGCCCUGAGUCAUCCUGAGGUGCAAAGACGGAUGGACAUCUCCCUACGAAGCCUUCUCGCUGUGACAGAGAAGUUUCUUGCAGCAAUCACCUCAUCUGUGGACCAGAUCCCGUAUGGGAUGCGUUAUGUCGCAAAGGUCCUGAAGACUUCCCUGGCUGAGAAGUUUCCCGCUGCUACAGAAAGUGAGAUCUGUAAGGUGGUAGGGAACCUCUUGUACUACCGAUUCCUGAACCCAGCUGUGGUAGCCCCCGAUGCCUUCGAUAUCGUGGACUUGGCAGCAGGUGGGGCCCUGACGCCCUCCCAGCGCCACAUCUUGGGAGCUGUAGCCCAGCUUCUCCAGCAUGCUGCGGCUGGCAAGCCCUUCUCUGGGGAGAAUGGGCACCUUCGAGUUCUGAACUCCUACCUGGAGGAGACAUACCUCAAGUUCAGGAAGUUUAUCUGCAAAGCCUGCCGGGUACCAGAACCUGAGGAACGCUUCGCCAUGGAUGAGUACUCAGACAUGGUGGCUGUGGCCAAGCCCAUGGUCUACAUCACUGUUGGAGAGCUCAUUAACACACACAGGCUGCUCCUGGAACAUCAGGACUCAAUCGCACCAGAUCACCGGGACCCUCUGCAUGAGCUCCUGGAGGAUCUAGGGGAGCUGCCUACAAUUCCAGCCCUGAUAGGAGAGAAUUUGCCUUCAGAUGGAAACUCAGACAUGAGCCAGCUGGAAAUGUCCCUGACGCUCACCAACAAAUUCGAGGGGCUGGAGACCGACCGUGAGGACACAAAUGUCAGGAGCCUCUUGCUGAGCACCAAGCAGAUGUUGGUUGAUAUCAUCCAGUUCCAAGCAGGAGAUUCCCUUCAGGACAUCCUGUCUGUUUUACCGUCAGGAGAACAGGAAACUGCCCAUCGCUUACUGAUGUCCCGUCGCCAAGCCUUUGAGGCCCAGACCCCAGAGCCGCUGAAACGCCGUCGAUCCCUGGCUGCCCAGUCCCUCCUAUCGAUAAGAGAAAAGCAGCGGCGAGUCCUGAAGAACCUGCGUCACCUUGAGAGUCUGGGACUCGUGACUUCUGCUGAUGGCUACCAGGGGCUGGUGGAUGAGAUAGCCCAGGACAUUCGAAACCAGCGCCGUUACCGGCAGAGGAGAAGGGUGGAACUGGUGAAGCUUCGGGCCACCUUCCAGGGCCUGCAGGCCAAGACAGCCUUCUAUGAGGAGCAGGGCGACUAUUACAACCAGUACAUCCGUACCUGUCUGGACAACCUGGCCCAUGGCAAAAAGAAUGAUAAAAAGGGGAAGAAGCAGCCAUCUCUACGUUACACCGCUGCCCAGCUCUUGGAAAAGGGGGUCCUGGUGGAAAUCGAGGACUUGCCAGUCACUCACUUUCGCAAUGUCAUCUUUGACAUCAUUCCUGGGGAAGAGGCAGGAAAGUUUGAGGUGAAUGCCAAGUUCAUGGGCGUGGACAUGGAGAGAUUUCAGGUUCACUAUCAGGACCUCCUCCAACUCCAGUACGAAGGCGUAGCCGUCACGAACCUCUUCAGCAAGGCCAAGGUCAACGUCAAUCUCCUUGUCUUUCUUCUCAAUAAGAAGUUAUUCCUGAAGUGAUGGGGGGGGGGGAGCGCGGAACAUCCCUUUACUCCAUUCCAGCUGUUUUAACCAAACACGUGCCGAACUGCAAAGACCCCAACACGGCGUCCUGGCUGACUCAUUCUCUCCCCUGUGCAGGAGCCGCUGCUUUGGGGAGGGGGGUGGGGGUGCUUUUUGCUUCUUCCUCCAUUCCUCCAGUAGCCCAGAAUCAUAGAGAACCUCAGAGUUGGGAAGGAAAUGCAGGUCAUCUAACCCAACCCUGACUUUAUGCACGACUCACACACACGUACACGUACACGUACACGUACACGCACCCACACGUGGUACUCCAGCUUCUGCCCAAAGAACUCCACCUCCACUGAUGGGGAGCUCACUCCCUCCCCAGGCUGCCCAUUUACAUCAACCCUAAAUCUGCCUCUCCAUGCCUUCCAUCCAAGUAGAACAAGGGUGACUUGCCUUCCAUGGGAUCUUCUGGUGGGAUUGGGUUGGUCAUGUCGCAAGCCUGGUCACACUCCAGCCUGAACUGAAUAUAGAACUCUUGAUGGAUCAUGAUCAUGGCAGACAAUAGCAGAACUGGCCCUCCUCAGGCAGGACCCCUCUGCUGGCCAGAGCCCAACCUUACAGAAAGAGGAAUCCAGGGAGCAUUGCUGAUUUUAGCCCUUUGCUGCUGAUUCUCCACACCCUAAGUGUGUUACUAUGUAGUUGAAUAAAUUAGACGUGGGUGGGCAGUUGGGUGGGGGUAGUGACAGCAUCUGUUGCGCUCUAGUGACCGAUUUUUGUAUUGCAAGCACAGUCCCUGGCCCAGGCUCCUUGACUUUGCCUUCUGCAGAGACUGAUAGAUCAGAGGGGUAUAGAUUUAGAGCUAGGCCUUGGGUCAUCCAGCCCAACCCCAUCUUUUUACAGAUGGAGAAACUGGGACUCACAGAGAUGAAGUGGCUUGUGAUGGUCAUAGAGUAAGUUGCAGAGCCUGAUCUGAACCCAGGCCUUAUGAUUAUAGAUCCAGAGAGACUAAAGCUAGUACUUCAACUUCCAAAGAGAAGGCUCUUCAGCAAUUAGAACUGCCUAAACCCCAGCUCCAAAGUGCCCCUCCAUUCUGAACUAUUUUUUACAAAAGUUUAAUCAAUAAACGUUCAUUAAGCACCUAUCAUUGCCAGGCACUGUGCUGUGGGGAUAGAAAAAGAAGCAAAAGAUGGGCCCUGCCCUCAAGAAGUUUACCAUCUAAUGGGUUGGAAAAGGAGAGAUAGUAUAGAGUUACUACUUGGUACCAAUGGUAGCUCUUUCUCCCCAUUAUGGUAGAUAAAGCAUAGCCUAUUUUAACCUCUAAUCUCAUUUGUCCUCCAACCUACCUUUGUUUUAAAAAAAAACAACUGCUUUAUUCUUGUGUCAAUAGGAUAUUUAUUUCUCCACUACCAUUACUCAGAAUGAUUGUAUAUUCCUAGCCCUAAUGUUCAUUGUCUUCUGUAUAUUUGAGUUCACCUCAUGUGUGGGCAUAAAGAAUUCUUUUAUUCAAAAUUGCCUUAUAUCCAUACUAGUAGAAAACUCAUAGUUCCCUUUAUAUUUAAAAAUCACUUAUUUGGGGCAGUAGGGUUCUCUCUUAAACUUCAACUUUUUAUACUCAGUUUGAUACAGUAUACAUGGUUUUCUCUUUUUCCCCCUUUUCUCGACUCCUAGUUCCUAGAUUUUCUUUUUUUCUGUUCUGACUUAUCUGUGUGGCCUCUCUAGGUCUAUUGGCCUGGCACUGUAUUUCUUGUCCAUCUGUUCUUCCUCCCCUUUCCCCAACCACCCAAUUUCUGUCCUAUUACCCUUCCAACUUUGUUUUGAAUAAAAU